CACCUGUGUCUACAACUUGUCAAUGGAGAGACUGAAUCGUUCUCAUGCUGGGACCUACUACUGUGCUGUCGCUGCAUGUGGACACAUUGUGUUUGGAGACGGGACCAAAGUGGACCUUGAAGGUAACUCGAAUUUUAGCAAAGAUAGUGACAUUGGUUAAAUGGUGUUGGAAAGCUCAGUAAUGUCUCCUGAUGUCUGGCUCUCUGCAGAGAUGGUGGACUAUCUUCCCUUGGUGUAUUUCCUGAGCAGAGCGCUGGCGUUCACCACAAUCCUGGUUGUUUCUCUGGCUUACACAGCACGAAGAGCGCUCAAGAUAAACUGCUGUCAGGGCUCAGGUGGGGUAAUCCUCACUAUUUAUAUUUGUUAGUGUAAAUUCAGUUUGCGUGAUACUGAAGAAUAGCGAAGACCUUCUUGAAUAAGUAUUCCAGCAUGUUACUUGGACAUCUAGAUUCUUUGAAAGACAGUAAGGGACAUCUCUUAAGGUGCAUUCACAUGUUGCAGGAUUUGUGCAGAUCCAUGUCCAUCAAACAGAAAAACAAAUGAGAAUCGCAAAAAGUCCAAAACUGAAAAACAAAAGACAAUGAGAAGCACAGGGAAGGCAGGGGAAAUCGAACACAGGUGGAACACAUGAGGACUGGUGCAGGCAAUCACAGAGACAUGAAAGUGAAGAAAGAAAACACACUAGGAGCAGGGCCUACAAAAUAAAACAGGAAACAUAACACAGGGAGUGGGAAAACCAGAGAUAGAGAAUCAAUAACGCAUACAAACAUAAACACAAGGAUAUUCAUGAAACACAAGGAGGUACUAAUGAACUGAAAACACUGCUCAAAACGGGGUGGAAACUAAUCACACAAAGGACGAAACAUGACAACCCACAUUAUGCUGCUUUAAUGGAGCACAGCUCCAGCAGAGCAAGAAGACCAACAGUGGGUGACGGGAGUGAAUGUGUGUACACCAGUGUAAAGCAGUAGAGCUGAACAUCUUACACUUCCAUACAUGAUGAAUGUAAAGCUUCUCUAUGCGAAACAAAUUAAAGAUAUUAAAACAUUCUAAAUGAUUUGAUGUUGUCAGUUGCCAUACUUUCCACUCCCACGAAAUAUGGAAUAUCCUUCUUAAACUUAACCCCAAGUUGUUUAACAUUUCCUACCUGACAUGUGAGGAUCUGUACUUAGCCUCCGUGUGGUCAAAAGACCGUCCGCUCUCUUUGAUUGAGCGCUUUCAAACAGGAAGUCUCUGCAGUGUCUUCACUACACCCCAGCAGACUACUUCAAGUGAACAGCAAUGAAAUUAACAGAAGUUGACAGAAAACUAAAUCACCAAUGCUCUCAUCAGGCAGUGUUCCUGUUACUCUUAUGUUAGAAUUGUUGCCUCCACAAAGCAGGUUAUGUUUUCACCCCUGUCUUGGCUGGUUGGCUGCUUGGGAGAAGGACAGGACAUGGGCCAAGAAACAACCCAUUCAAUUGAGGUGCAGAUCUGGACAAAAGGGGCUGAACCAGGAUGUCAUCAUCACUUCUCUUCAUUACCUAAAUUGCAAAGUCUUACUCUGAAGAGAGGAGAAAGUGUCGGGCGACGAUUUCAACAUGAAGACAUCUCCGAAGUUCGUUCUCUACCUGACAUGUUUCUUCUUGGGGAAAAUGGUUCAGAUGCAUCAUUUUAUCUUGUCUCAUGAAGACAGUGGAUUCAUAUCAGCUGAUGUUGGAGACAACUUGACUUUGCAGUGUUCAUAUGAGGAGAGGGAAGAUGGGAUGUAUUGGUACAAACAAACACCAGGACAGAAACCUCAAAUUAUCUCAGUGACGUACAGAGCCACCAAAAGUCUUUCGUUAUUGAAUGAAUUCAAGGACAAUCGACGCUUCACUGUGGAAACUAAUGAUGUUGUGAGUCACCUAAAUAUCUCAGAUCUGCAGCUUUCCGACUCAGCUACUUACUACUGUAUAAAGAGUAAUUUCUACGUGUUUGAGUUUACGGAGGGCGUCACUGUCAGUGUGAAAGGUUCAGGGUCUAACAUCCAAGCUGUGGUGCAUCAGUCUGAGAGCAUCCAGCCAGGAGGCUCUGUGACUCUCAGCUGUACAGUUCACACUGGGACCUGUGAUGGAGAACACAGUGUUUACUGGUUCAAGAACUCUGAAGAACCUCAGCCAGGACUCAUUUACACCCACGGAGACAGGAACCAUCAGUGUGAGAGGAAGCCAGACAAUCAGACACACACCUGUGUCUACAACUUGUCAAUGGAGAGACUGAACCGUUCUCAUGCUGGGACCUACUACUGUGCUGUCGCUGCAUGUGGACACAUUGUGUUUGGAGACGGGACCAAGCUGGAGUUUGAUGAUGAAGUGAACUGGCUGGGGUAUUUCCUGAGUGGAGCUUUGGGAUUAACCAUCAGCCUUUUGCUGGCUGUGUUACUGUACAAGAUAAACAAGAGGAGAUGCUGGAGAUGUUCAGAGUCUCAUACACAACCAUCAUCUCCCUCCACAACAAAUGCAGAGGGCAACCAACAUGCAGAUGACCUCCAUUACGCUGCAGUAAAUGUGAACGUGGCCAGCAGAUCAAGACGACAGAGGGACAACACAAACGAUGAAUGUGUGUACUCAAGUGUUAAACUUUAGAAUUGUGUUUUUCUAGAACGGUCUAUGUUUGAGAUGAUGGAUUUCUCCGUCUUUCUUUAGAGGUGGAGCAUGAUUCUUGUCUGUAAUGCUUUUUUAUCCUUUUUCCAAAUAUAAAUGUGGCUUUUUUUGUGAUUAAUGAUAAAAAGCAACUCAUGAUGUAAUUAGACUUUUAUGGUUUGGACAGUUGCUGUUGGUCUUUGAUGGAAUGACACUUUGACAUUGACAUAUGGAAAACGAUGAUUAAAGUUUGUGGCCCAGUCUGGGUGUGUGUGCAGUGGGCGACGGCUGCGUCUUUGAUCUGCUGUGUGUUCACAUAGGGAGUGGGUCUCCUGAGGAGCUGCUGCGUGAGGUUAUGACUUCUGUAUUUCCUUGAAUAAAAGAAAGUUCAUUCUCAACUAACUGCCAGGACUCUACGAUAUGAAGCUGUGCAUCUAC